AUGAAAGCCCAGUUCUUGCCCCGGAUAGGCUUUCUGGGCCCUGUUUGUCUUCUGUGCCUGCUUCUGGCCCACCAGACCCUAGAAAGUCUUCCGGACACUGGUCCUAGCCGGAUCCAUGCGCGUGAUCUCGUUGUUCCUGUGACCCCAGAAGUAUGGCCAGAUAACAAUUUGACCGCCCGUGCUGUCGCUGGAUACUUGGCAACGCGCGCACUUGACUUUGAGACGGCAGUGAACAAGGGGAAUGGGUUAUAUUGCAGGUGCAAAGCCAAGUGGCAACUCAGCGACGAGUCUCCCUGGACGAACAUCAAUGAACUAGAGGACUACUAUACCAGACGCCCUUACGGAAAGGGCGCCGGAAAGGAGCCCGACAGUAUGGCUUCUUUAGGAGAGGCUCUGUCCGCCAUGGGUCUACCCACUGUGAUCAGCUCAAACAACGGAAAAGACGGCAAUUUGGUACCACAAAUCUGGUCACAGAGUGAGGAUUGGGAGACUGAGGUUGUCGCCGGUGGUCGUACCACUAGGGCCGAUCACGAGGCAACCCAAGCCUUCUACAUUAACGUUAUGAGCCCCACAUCCGGGUUGAUAAUCGCAGAAAACAAUGAAAGUCCCGUAUCCAUUUCUGGCCGACACUGUCCGGUUGAGAAUUGGUCCGAUAUUGUCUGGCUUAUUAUGCAGCCAUGGCGAAGUCAACCGGUAGCCCUGUGAACAAACUGAAAUACAU